AUAAGAGCAUGAUGUAGAUCCAAAAUUGACUAAUGGUUUUAUGGUCUUCAUCAUCAUUGCCGCUGAUGUUUUUAGAUUUUGAGCCGGUGUCUUUGAUUGGAAGUUGUAGCAGCGGGCAAAUGUAGUAGCAUGUUCUCCCCUUCUGGGUGCUGACUGAUCCAUGGUUGAGAAUCGCAGAUUUGAUUGAGUAGGGAUAUUCUAUCCAUAAACAAGAGUAGGCAUAUGUUGAUGGGUAUAGAUUGAAGGAACAGUGGCUAGUGUUUUGGUUGUGCUGUGGAGAGUGGCUAGAUCUGGUGGUUCUUUGAUUGUGUUUGAAACUUUGUUGUGCUUGAAACAGUCGGAGGCCAGUGGAUGAUUGAUGUGUGAGUGUUAUGGUGGCAUAGAGGUUCGUUUUACUGUGUUGAAUGAUUGCUUGCCAUUGGCAGAAGAAAAGUUCAGAAAGGUCAUUAAAGAAAACUACUACACGAGGAACAAGUUCAACUGUCAAUUGACCUCGGAACAGGUGAAGAAGUUGUGCAAGCUUUUUGUUACUGCCAGCGAAGGCCCCAAAUUGGAAAAAUUGACUCGCAGUCUUAGAGCUGAGACUCAUAGAUCUUUAGACCACGAGAGAAAUAGAAGGCGGGGUAAAGAGAGACGCUCAACAUUGGGUGGGGAGCGGGAGCGUCGGUAUUACGAGCGUCCUGUUAGGUAUGAGAGAGAAGUUUUUGCAUCUCCUGUGGCACCGGUGUCUCGAGUUCGGCCUUUACCUCAACCAGCUCUCCUUCCGUCAUAUGCAUAUGAGAGGACCUUGGAGAUGGAUCCUUACAGACGGGACCCAUUAUCAGAGCAUCGAGAGGCUUACAGACGGGACCCAUUAUUGGAGCAUCGAGAUGGUUACAGACAGGACCCAUUAUCAGAGCAUCGAGAUGGUUACAGACGGGACCCAUUAUCAGAGCGUCGAGAUGCUUACAGACGGGACCCAUUAUCAGAGCGUCGAGAUGCUUACAGACGGGACCCAUUAUCAGAGCCUCAUGAUGCUUACAGACGGGAACCACUGUUUGAGGAUCGUGUUGUUUACAGACGGGAUCCAUUAUUAAAGCAUCAUGAUCGCAGGCAUUCAGAGUUGGAAUCAAGGCAUCUGGAUGAUAAUGCUAGGCGUGAUGCCUAUAGCUCAUACAGAGAACGCCCUGCGGUGUAUUCUGUAGGCCUACCCCGAGAGCACAAUCCCCCAGCAGACUUGCCACCUGAAUACCACCGUGAACGCCUACUGCCUGAGUACCGUUCUUCUGCAGGUCCACUACCUGAGUACCAUCGUUUUCAACCCCUGUAUCGUUACUAAACUGUCGUUUUUAAAAUGGGAAGGCUGUACCAUUAGACUCUGCUCUGGAAGUUACAAGGUUUAUUAGGUAUGCAGUACUGUGCCGAGCUUUAUUUGACAGUAAAAGUUUCUGAUACGGCUAGACAUUCAGCUUUGAGUUCGUAUCAGUAACUGACAACGGGAGACUCCUUUUCAUAUGUAUGUGUUGCAUGUUGAUGAUACUAGGGAGAAAUAAACUUCUGUGGUCUUCCUACAAUUUUAUUUUUUUGGUUUAAUUGCCUUCUAUUUAGUUUUCUUUUAUUAUAUGAAAAAAAAACCCUUUAAGGCCAUUUACCCAAAAACAUCUGGGUAAAACUCGAAUCUAAAU